AUGACGAGCGAGAAAGAGGAGGAGGAGGAGGAGGAGGAGCGCACCGCUCCUACUACGACCACCACUGCUCCGUCGGUUAUAUUAUCGUCGUCCAAAAAAUCAUCGUCGUCCAAAGCGGGCGAGUUAUUCGUGAACUUAAUCACGAACGGCAAAAAGGAGAAUCCUAACGAUGAUGAGAAGACGAUUGUGAUGGAAACCUUCAUAGCCUCCAUCUCGCGAGAGAACCAACACUCGAGAACCGACGUCGUCUCUGCCGCUCGAGACUGCCGAGAGUUCCCGAUGGAAACGGUACUCAUCGACGCGAGGUCGCCGAGCGAGUUUCGGAAAGGGCACAUCCCGAACGCGGUGAACGUGGCGUUGUUUGAAGACGAAGAGAGGAAAGUCGUUGGGACUUUGUUCGCCAAAAGAGGGAGGAAAGCGGCGAUGGCGAGAGGCAUGGAGUUUGUGAGAGAGAAGUGGGAGCAGUUGAUUGUAAACGCGCAAACGGAAGUGGAUUUAAAGAGGAAAAUGAAUAAGGAGAGGAAAAAGAUACGGGUGUACGUGCACUGCUGGAGAGGCGGGAUGCGAUCGCUCUCGCUCGGAUGGUUGUUCGGCGAGCGGUUGGGGAAGGAGGACGUGGAGUUUGUGCGCGUGGUGAAUGGUGGGUAUAAAGCGUUUCGGACGUGGAUAUUGAGUCGGUGCGGAGAUCCUCUGAAAGUGGACGAGAGGUUGUUGAAUGGUGGGAAAGGACUAGGAAAUGGAGGAGAAUUAGGAGGAGGAGGAGGAGGAGGAGGGGACGAUUUUGGAUUGGACGAGGACGAUUUAGUCGACGUUUCGAAUAUCGCCGAUAAUAAUAAAAACCAUCCCAAAAAUAUUCUAAAAAAUAAUGCAAACAGUGGUAGCAGUCCUGUGAAACAUCCAAACGACGAUCCGUCCGCACCGCAGGUGUUGACGGACGUGCCCGCGCCGAGGGUGUGCAUAAUCGGUGGACGAACCGGCGUAGGGAAGACUCGAUGUCUUUUAGCGUUGGAAAAAUUACAAAACGAACAAAUCAUCGAUUUAGAAGGUUUGGCGAAUCACUCGGGAUCUGCGUUCGGUUGGGUCGGAAAAACCGCGCAACCAACCUCGGAACAUUACGGGAACGAAGUCGCGUUCGCUUGGGACGCGUUAGAUCCUAAACGAUGGGUAUACAUCGAAGACGAAGGACCGCACGUCGGCAAGUGUUCGGUGGAUCCUAAACUGUUUCAAAGGAUGCGAAAAGCACCUUUGAUUUUACGAUUGAUUUGUCCACUAGAGCUAAGGGUGCAAACUUUAGUGAGCGAUUACGCGACAGACGAGUUACGAGCGCAGGAAGGGUGGAUGGACGGCAUGCGAGAGGCGUGCGAGAAAAUGACAAAAAGAAUCGGCGGCGAGAAGCAAAAAGCGUUGCAAAACUCGUUAGAAGGCGGCGAUUGGGCCGCAGUCGCAGAACAGUUGUUGGAAUAUUACGACGGGUUGUACGAUAAGCAUCUGGCGAUGAAGCGCGAUGAUAGUAAAAAGCACCGAAAGAAGCAAAAAGAAUCGAAAGAAAAUCCCGCGAAUACUGAUGCGACAGCCGGAGACAAAGGCGACGGCGAAGGCGACAUCUCGUUAAACGAUAGCGUAUCCGAAACGUCCGCUGGUGAUAAUAAAGAGCGACAGGGCACGGUUGUUGACGUGGAGGUUUUUGCAGAUGAAACCGGACGCAAUAUCGACGAGCCGAGAUUAUGCAGAGACGUCCAAAUGGCGGUGGCUUUGUACGAGUUGACGAGUCAGAAAAUAGACGAAGAAUUAGAAAAUGUCCAAAACGCCAUCGAUGGAUGA